UUCUGGACUGAACAGAUAGAUCCUUAAUGCUGGGGAUGCUUUAGGUCUGUGUAGGCCCGGAGGAGCCCUGGCUUCCUCCCUAAUCCUACGAGAAUUCUCCUCCGAGAGGUUUGUGGCUCAGAGGGGAGAGGCCGAACUUCUGCUUUUAGUUUGUGUCCUGGGAACUUUGGCUCCUAGGAAAGUGUGGGGGUACUUUGGAUUCUGGGUUCCACUUGGUCUUGGAGUCAUGGGUUUUUUUUUUCUUUGAGACCUCAUCCCGCGUGCGGGGCAUGGCCAUGAAUGUCUACAUGGGGAUUGCCACGUUGUGGGCAACGGGGGCAGUUAGCUUUGAAGCAGAACUAGUGAUCAGAAACGUGAAGGGAUGUGUCAUAUAGCGGCCGGGGGGCUCUGGAGAGGUUUUGGCAGAGCCAAAGGGGACGAGCGAGUGAGCCAGUCCGAGUCUCGGGGAGUGUGCACCAGGCGGGGGCCCGCAGGUGGGACAGUGCUGGGCAUCCUGGGGGUGGGGCGAGGAGGCCACAUGCCCUUGGCCCGUGGUCUGGGGGCUGUCGGGGGCAGACAGGAAGGCCAGGAACUCCUUGCCAGGACACCUCCUUCCAGUGCUCUGCACGCCCCCCCCCCAGUGCCCCAGUGUCUGCAGGUGGCCCUCCUGUCCCAGUGGGAGGCCCAGCCAAGCCGCUAAUCCAUCCCCACAUUAAUGCAUUUGCUUGGAGGAGAGCAGAUUAUUGGGGGGGGCCUCCGGCCUGCCUCUGGGCACAUUCGGGGUGGGGGGGCGCCAGGGGCUUGCGCAAUGGGCUCGGGCCUCACCUUGAGCUGCUGGAGGCUGUCGCCUGGUUUAUCGGCUGCUGCCCGGGAGAUGCUCCGUUCAGUCAUGCCUCCUGAGAUCCUCACGGGGUGGGGGGUGGUCCAGUCCUGCAGACGCUGGGGCGCACCGGCUUGCAGUUAAGGUCUGGAAGCCUGGGGGAGGCGGGAGGAGCUUUUCUUGGCCACCCACCCAUGAUGUGAAUUUGGGCACGGGUCUUCUCUGGCCCCCGGCUUACUGAUCGGGCCUCCCGGGUGAUGGGACCGUGAAACACAAUGGAAUUUGGUGGGUCUGGGGUUGUCCAUUGCUGAGGGAAACCAAGCAGGGGAUGUCAUGGUACAGGGACCGAAUGGGGUUCUGCCUGGCGGUCCUGGCCCGGGUCGGCCCUGAGGCCUGCCUCUCCACCCCCACCCCGGCCCACAGGCCCCUUCCGCGCUGCCUGCCCACGCUAGCUGGCCCCCAGGCGAAGAGGCUGUCGGCCUCCAAGCGAAAACAGCAUUUCAUCAACCAGGCUGUGCGGAACUCAGACCUUGUGCCCAAGGCCAAGGGGCGGAAGAGCCUCCAGCGACUAGAGAACACCCAGUACCUCCUAACCCUGCUGGAGACAGAUGGGGGCACAGCCGGUCUGGACGACGGGGACCUGGCACCCCCAGCAGCACCGGGGAUCUUCGCAGAGGCCUGCAGCAAUGAGACCUACGUGGAGGUCUGGAAUGACUUCAUGAACCGCUCUGGGGAGGAGCAGGAAAGGGUUCUCCGCUACCUGGAGGAUGAGGGCAAGAGCAAGACGCGGAGGAGGGGGCCAGGCCGUGGGGAGGACCGAAGAAGAGAGGACCCGGCCUACACACCCCGUGAUUGCUUCCAGCGCAUCAGCCGGCGUCUGAGAGCCGUCCUCAAGCGGAGCCGCAUCCCCAUGGGAACGCUGGAGACCUGGGAGGAGCGGCUGCUGAGGUUUUUCUCAGUGUCUCCCCAGGCCGUGUACACGGCCAUGCUGGACAGCAGUUUCGAGAGGCUCCUGCUUCAUGCUGUCUGCCAGUACAUGGACCUCAUCUCAGCCAGUGCGGACCUGGAAGGCAAGAGGCAGAUGAAAGUCAGCAAUCGGCACCUGGACUUCCUGCCCCCGGGGCUGCUCCUGUCCGCGUACCUGGAGCAACGGAGCUGAUGGCAGCCCCGCCCCUCCCCGCCACCCCAAGCCGAGUACUGAGUACUUACGGACGUGCUCUUGCCUCUGGCGGCUCUCACUCUGGCCCCUUCCCUGUCCACCUGUCCCCUUAAGCGCUGGGGGCUGGGGCCGCGCCGGACUGGCCUGGCCUUGCCCCUCCGGCUCUGUAUUGCAGCCAGGAGACCCGGCCUGGUCACCUCCGUGUUCCUUUCUUCUGCUUUUCCAGCCCCGUUUGAAGCCUAAGCGGGGAGUGAGAGGCUGGGUUUUUUAUCACUUUUAAUGAAUUUGGCAUGAUUUGUUGUACAUUUUUUAAUUUCCCUUUUGGGAAGAAAAACCAAACACUUGCCCCAACUGAUAAAUGGGGGGCUUUGUUCUAGUCCCUGCUUUAACCCCCCACCCAGUUUUUUGCUUGGUUGGUGGGGGGGGGGGUCCCUAGGGCUCUGCCCCUUUUUCCAGGAGUGUUCUGUCGUGUGUGCGUGUGUGUGUGCGCCUGUGUGUGCGUGUGCCCUGCAACCCUGGACAGAAGCUACAUCUUAGAGGCUGAUCUUACCACCGUUUGGAAUGUGUGUUCUCCCCUGGUGGCUUUUGGUGGCUCUUGGGGCCCUCUCUGGUCUACACACCUCCUCCCUUCAUACUGGGGGAUUGGGACUUCCAGCCAGAAGCCUCUGCCCUCGAACUGCCCCAUUCUCCUUGCCGUGUCUCCUUGCUCCCUCCCCCAUCUGGCUCUGGCCUGUUGCCUUGGGGUGUCCUUACACUGGUCACCCCGGCAUGUCCCACAGGAGCAGAGCUGGGGGACACCCCUCCCGUGUGUGUGGCUAGUUGUGCUUUGGGAAAAGUGGAGAAUUCAAUAAAUUUCUGGUGCUCUGGUCACCA